GUCUUGACUGGUGUUACUAAAAUAUAUUUUAGUUUAAUCAUUUUUAUACAAUAAAUCUUCAACAUAGUUUCUGUUUUAGGUUUAAUUUUAGAAAUUUAUAACUGAAAAUACUAUAAAUGUACUGGGAUAAUUAACUUUAAAAAAUCUAACUGUAGACAGAUGUCGUAAAUGUCUGCAAUGUGAUCGCUGAACGUAAGAAAAUUUGUUGAUACAUUAAGAACAUCGUCAGAACUGAAUUUUUUGAAAUUUUGAUGAAAUAAUCAACCAACAUGGGUAAAAAGACGGAGAUCGUUGAUGAGACGAACAAACCUGAUUUGAAACCUCAUGAGGAAGAGUUGAUUCUGUGUAAAAUAUGCAUGAACAACUACGAUGACGAGAAGAGGCAGCCGAAAAAGCUCCAGUGUCCACACACGUUUUGUGGCCCUUGCAUCGAUAAAUAUCUAGUGUCUGGGAUGAGACUAAAUAGGAAAGUUAAAUGCCCCAUCUGCCGUGAGAAAACGCGAUGUGGCAGCGAUGGUACUUUCUCUCUGGAGGUUAACACUCGUUCCCUUGACUUGGUGUCUCUGAUCAAGAGGUAUUUUCAGAAGAAAGAUAAAAAUAAAAUGUUGAAAUAUAACGGAGAAUCUGAGGUGAAAACCCCGGAAGAGGAACUGGAGGAUCAUUUGGAUGCUUAUGAGGUUGAGAUGAGCAAACGAACGGUGGUGAAGUCAUCCAACCCAAUCUUACAUCCUGUCAAAAGACUUGACAGUGGCUACCAAUGUCAGAGUGGCAGCGAAGAGGAGGACGAUGACGAUGAAGAUGAUGGCAAAGUCGAAAAAUCAUCUAAAAAUAAAACAGAAAUAACAAAUGCUGAUCAAAACAAUGCAAAUGAAACAGUCCUUAAAACUGAUGCGUCGAAAGCAGCACCAAAAGGAGCUAUCAUUCUUCAAAAUAUGCCAAGCAACUACGGAUUUAUUCCAUACCCCAACAAACUUCUACAAGAUUCAUACAAACUUAAUAUGGAACAUAAAUUUGAACAUCUCCCUGGUGAUUUCACGAGCGAGGUUAUAAUGGAAAUGGACGAGGAUGACUAUCACCAAUACGCACCCGUUCCUGAUCAAUUCAAACCUGCAAGUUCGAAGGUGCCUGCACAAACAUUUGUGAAAGGGGUUUGUGAACGGAAUGUUGAUCAGUCAGUGAUGAAGUUUGGCACAGUAGACGAAAUUCUGAAUGGAGGCGUUGCAAAAAAUAUGGCUUCUAGAGUUGAUAACAAUGGCUCAUUAAAAUCAAACGGUUCGUCCAAGCAUUCGCAACAAAGUUCCCUGCAUGAAAAUUAUUCUCAAUCUAAUUUUCAACAAUACCAACGUCUUCCGAACAGCCCUUUCACUGCAAACCCAGCAUAUUUCGGCAUGAACAACCAGGAUGAUAAUGACGAUCUAGAUUGGAACUAUUUCACUCAAACUUCAAGUAUAAGCGAAACACAAAGUCUUUCAUCAAGACCUGCUGAAACACCGGACAAACAAGUUGAUGAAGAGAAAGGAACAAUGAAAAGCAACGUUAGUAACGCCAGCAGCAAUCCUGGUGUCAGUAGAGUGAACGGAUUUAUUUAUCAUAACGCCCCUUCGAAAUCGCCACAACAAUCUUCACCGUCGUUUCAACUGUCCGGCUCAAACUUCACAGAUUCUGUUUUUAAUUUCAAUGCGUCGUCAUCGACACCACCAACACCACAACCAUCAGCCAGUUUGAGUGGACAGCACGCAUUUGAACAGCAUGCAAGCAGAAACCCAGCACCUUGCAUUCCUCAAUUUCACGAAUCAGCCAUCUUCGAGGGUCACACGGGCGACAAUUUGCAUCUUCCAAUCAAAAUGAAAGCAUGUGCUGACGGAAAAGUCGUUGUUAUCGAUGGUGGAAAUCCAGCCGACAGUUCAAAUCAGAGUUCAACACCACGAUCCGACAAUGCUGUUCAUAUAUUCAACAAGAAUGGUGACAAGAUUUGCUCGAAAAGUGUUCCUAAGAUAAUAAAUGAUGCCUGUUUGAUGAACCACGAUUCGAAUAAGCUAGCUGUUGCUCAUGAUUGCGGAGUCGAUAUUUAUGAUUUGUCGGACCCGGUGGAUGAACCGGUCAAGACCAUUCCUCUGGGGUCCACGAGUUGUUUGGCGCCGUUUAAAAGAGGAUUCGUAGCUGGGCAGUCAGGUUUGUUGAACGUUUGUCCUGAUCUGGAUUCCAUUGUGUUAUUUUAUUCACUCAAGUAUACAAAUCCCGCCAUCGUAAACUUGGGUAACGUUAAAGAAUUGGACAGUUGCUUGAACCGACCGGAUAUUAUUGCAGUAACCGACGGCAAAAAAUAUUUGACGAUAGAUGGCGACGGGAACGUAUUGAAAGACUUCAAACCACACCCAGAACUUCAGAACGAAAACCACAAAACUAUCUCGCUGAGCCCCUCCGGCGACAAACUCCUCAAACUUGACCGGAAGAACAACACAGUCGAAUUGCAUGACGCCUCGAUGAUGUUCGGAAACAACCGCACACCUCUCGCCUUCUAUUUGAACGGAUUAGCUAACGGCGCGUUUCCGGAAGAAAAAAUUCUGGGUGGUGCACUCGUCGCCGAUAACAAAGUAUUCCUGCUUCAUAAAGGAAUUGAUGGCUUCAAGAUAAAAAUGUUUAGAUGGAUUUAAUCAACUCCAGCCAGGCUUGCAAUCGUUUCUUACGCAUGAGUAUGCCCUGAAAACUUAAUGUAGUUUACUUGAUUGAACGAAUACUAAUUUAGUAGAUGACUAAUAACGAUAUUCAAAAUCAUGCAUGUACCACCAUAAUUUAGAUUUUCUUAUUUAUUGUAGCGAACGAAGGAUUUAAUCAUUCAUUACUUUUGUAAUUUUUGGUAAAAGUUUAUCUACAUUAGUGCCAAAUAAUCAAUCUAAAUACAUGAUUGCGGUA